AAGUAUAAGAGCGAGAGAGCGUGAUCUUUGUUGAGCCUUUCGAAAACAAACAUGUUAUGGCCUCCAAAGAAGAAUCAAACGCGUGAGCGUGACUUCCCCAGAUCUUGUAGCAGCGGAGUUUGAUUUGGUUCGCCGGUCGGAAUCGGUAAUUCCAUGGAACUCUGGAGAUCAUGAAGUUCUACAUAUCGACGUCGGGGAUUAAGCGAGUCACCAUAUCGAGCUCAGCCGCCGGUAAGGAGUUCCCGGCGACGGCGACUGCUCCAGCGACUCGGCGGAUCUCCAGCAGGACCUUUCUUCCGGUGGUGCUCGUGCUGGGGAUUCUUUUGCCGUUUCUUUUUGUCAGAAUUGCGUUUCUUGUGCUCGAAUCUGCCGCCAAUUGCUCUUCUACUCUCGAUUGUAUCGGAUGGGGACUACUCGGCGGGAGUGAUUCGUCUCUGAAGCUCAGGGACGAACUGACAAGAGCCCUACUAGAAGCAAAAGAAGGUAACGUCUAUAAUGAGGAAGGCAUAGAAUCUUUCGACGAGCUUGUGAGAGAGAUGACUUCCAAACGGCAAGAUAUCAAGACGUUCGCUUUCAAGACAAAGGCUAUGCUAUCAAGAAUGGAGCGCAAGGUCCAAACAGCUAGACAGCGUGAAUCUAUUUACUGGCAUUUAGCUUCACAUGGUGUCCCAAAAAGCCUACAUUGUUUAUGCCUCAAAUUGGCUGAAGAGUAUGCUGUAAAUGCCAUGGCUCGAUCUCGUCUACCCGCUCCUGAAUAUGUUUCUCGCCUUUCUGAUCCAUCCUUCCACCACCUUGUUCUACUAACGGAUAAUGUGAUUGCAGCCUCUGUUGUUGUCUCGUCUACUGUCCAAAACUCUGCCAAUCCUGAAAAAUUGGUGUUUCACAUAGUUACGGACAAGAAAACUUAUACUCCAAUGCAUGCUUGGUUUGCAACCAAUCCUAUUAAAUCAGCUGUUGUGGAACUCAAGGGGUUGCACCAUUAUGAUUGGCCUCAGGAAGUUAAUGUUAGAGUUAAAGAGAUGUUGGAGAUCCAUCAUUUGAUAUGGAGGCAUUACUACAAUAAUUUGAAGGAAGAAGAUUUUGAAGAGGAGAGACAAAAUAAAAGAUAUUUGGAAGCUUUAAGUCCCAGCUGCUUGUCCCUUAUGAAUCAUCUCCGAAUUUACAUCCCUGAGCUGUUUCCGAAUCUCAACAAGAUAGUGUUCUUGGACGAUGAUGUUGUAGUACAGCAAGACAUAUCGCCUUUGUGGGAACUGGAUCUCAAUGGGAAAGUUAUUGGUGCGGUUGUUGAUUCACAGUGUGGAGAUCAUGACUGCUGUCGAGAAAGAAAGUACAAGGACUACUUGAAUUUUUCAAACCCUAUUAUAUCAUCCAACUUUGAUGCUGAUCUUUGUGUAUGGCUGUAUGGCAUGAAUGUCUUUGACCUUGAAGCUUGGAGGAGGUCUAACAUCACUGCAACUUAUCAUCAAUGGUUAAAAGUUAAUUUUCAGAGCCUCGAAAAUGGGUUGGCAUUAUGGUAUCCAGGAGUGUUUCCACCUGCCUUAAUUGCAUUCGAGGGUCAUGUGCAUUCUCUGGAUCCAUCAUUUCACGUCGAUGGUUUAGGUUACCGUACUCCAGAGGUUAGCGAGGAACUCUUGGAAGCUGCUGCAGUCGUACAUUUCAGUGGCCCCGCAAAGCCAUGGCUUGAGAUUGGGUUUCCUGAGGUUCGAGGCUUGUGGAAUAAACAUGUAAAUGCUACAAACAAGUUUGUCAGAAAAUGUGGAGUCAUGGGGUAAAGAGAACGAAGAUCCCUCUUUCUCACAUAAUAUUCAUUUCGGAAGAAAGAAAACCAUGGGCACGGUUUGGGACCAGAGGGAAGAAGGUUUUGCCUUCAGUCUCUGCCCACGCUUUGCUCAGGACUGGUAAUGUUAUUCUUGUCCAUAAUAGCAAAUAGAAGAAGGUACCACGGAAUACACUAUAUAGUUAAUAUCUUCAGCCUUCAAGAGAUAUAAGAAUCCAGAUUGUAGCUCUCUAACAGUGCCUGUAAAUUUUAGUCGGACGAUCAGAGAAUUAGUUUCUUUGGAAGUGGUUUUGAAGUAAUAUUAGUCGUCCCAAGAAUCAUCUCAAGUUUUUUUACAAGUAAUAUGACAAGUGAGCUGGCAUCUUUCAACACGGGCUGCUGGGCAUCAAAUUUAUGCCUAUAAUUUAAACUUGUACGUACCAAGUAUAAAAUAGCAACUCACUUCCACAAUACUUGGUGUAAAAAGUUUGAAAUAUUCUUUUUUGUUUAUACUCAGUAUCAUGGUUGUACUACUUUCUCUAUUCAUUUACGUUGAGAACAACUCCAGAGAAUUGCCCAUAGUAUUCCACAACAAAUACUUGAGUUCUGUUUUUUUUUUUUUUUUGGCUUGAAAAACUAAUGUGGUGGGGCUUGCAAUUGGAUAAUGUCCAUCGAUGUGCUUCAAUGUGCUUUGCUGUA